UCCGUCCGGAGUCUGCGUGCAGUCCUCGGUCCAGCGGAGUUGUCCGUCUUUCCCCGACAUUAUCUCCGUCCAGGAAUACAAAAGUGAUGCUUCACCGUGACCGGCCGCUCACAGACACACAGGAGGACCAGCGGUGACAUCUUUGUUUCCCUUUCAGUCUCUACCGAGGAGUAUAUUUCUCUGUUUUUCUGCCUCUUUCGGCUCGAAGAAGAAGAAGGCGCUGUGAGUUGCGUCCUCCAGUAAUGUCGGACCGCUUCUAAAAACACGAACUUUUCAGCCUCCAUGCGGGAGAGGAAACAUUUCGGAGUGGUUUCUGACACUUUUGUUCCAGGCAGGAUCGUGAGCUGUCGUGUUUCAGCACGGGAAUGACUCAUUUCUCGCCGUGAAGCUUUUAACCCGUCCGGCUCUCCGUCCAGCGGACUCUCGCUCUCCGCUGCUCCUGGAUAUACGAGGACUGUGUCUCUGCGCAGUAACUUGGUGUAAAUGGAUCGCCAGUCCAGUUUCAUUUCCAUUUGGCUACAACUGGAGCUCUGUGCCAUGGCUGUUCUUCUUACUAAAGGAGAAAUAAGGUGUUACUGUGACGCGCCGCACUGCGUGGCAACCGGAUACAUGUGCAAGUCAGAACUGAACGCCUGCUUCACCAAGGUCCUGGACCCGCUCAACGUAAACUCUCCCCUCACCCACGGGUGCUUAGACCCCAUCGUCAACGCCGCAGACGUCUGCAGCAGCAGCUCCAGGGGCGCGGACGCCCUCAGCGGGGCCUCGACGCUCGAGUGUUGCCACGAUGACAUGUGCAACUACAGAGGCCUGCACGACCUGGCGCACACCAGGGACUCGACAGAUCAUAGCCGGUACCAGCCGGACAGCAACAACAGGAACCUGGUGACCCGGGUUCAGGAGUUGGCCUCGGCCAAAGAGGUGUGGUUCCGGGCGGCAGUGAUCGCCGUCCCCAUCGCCGGCGGCCUCAUCCUGGUGCUGCUCAUCAUGCUGGCGUUGCGAAUGCUGCGCAGCGAGAACAAGCGGCUGCAGGACCAGCGGCAACAGAUGCUGUCGAGGCUCCACUACAGCUUCCACGGCCACCACACCAAGAAAGGCCACGUGGCCAAACUGGACCUGGAGUGCAUGGUGCCCGUGACAGGUCACGAGAACUGCUGCCUGACCUGCGACAAGAUGAGGCAGGCCGACCUGGGCAACGACAAGAUCCUGUCUCUGGUGCACUGGGGGAUGUACAGCGGCCACGGCAAGCUGGAGUUUGUAUGAUUCCUGCUGGGAGCUACGUGACUGUCGCCUCUGCACGGACAGCCAGGGCUGCCUCUCAGUCGUUGGCUUUUGCUUUUUUACCUUAAAAAGACAUUCCCAUGUUUUUAUCCAUCGGACUGUUGGGUUUGUGUUUUUAGCUUUUUUAACCAGUGGCGAAAAAAUACGAGACUGAUCUCAUGCCGUGUGGUUUUUGCUAGAGGAGCACUUUACUUGAAAAUGAAAGGCAAAGCAACAAGGAGCUGUAUUUAAACUUGAGAGGGCAGGACUGAGGUGAAGUGAGAGCUCUGUCACUGCUCCUGAGGAUCCUGGACUUUCACUGAGCGCUGAAGGAUUCCAAAUCUGUCUUAUUUGCACAUUUGUAAAGAGAAAACAAGAAAAGAAAAAAGUUGUCGUUGCUUAAAACAAGAAUUUUACACUGACACCAGGGUACAAAAAUGAACUUGUGUGAGGAGUAAAAAAAAUCCAGUGUUUGACUGUAGGUGUGCACACUCCUCUGUGUACGAAUCAUGAUGAACUUAUUGUAAAGAUUUUAAAUAUAUAUAUAUUUUUGUCUGAUAAAACUGACCGGUGUGUGUCGUGUUCUGGGUGAAUGUCCAACAUCUCUCUCUGUGAUCAGACUAUAAGCUUGAUUGUGAGUGUGAAAGAAAAACUUCCAUUAAAUGACUUUUUAUUUAU